CAUAAAAAUUUGUCAAAAAUGAAGGUCACCGUUUGUUUUGGUGCCAUCCGCAUUGUUGUGCCAUGUGGCAAUGGCGAUUUGCUGGUAAAGGAUCUUAUCAACGAGGCGACCAGGCGUUAUAAGAAAGCAGCAGGAAAGGUAAAAUAUGACUACCAAAUAAAACUUUUUACAAAAGACUGUAUUUCUGGUACUAUGCAUUAUGACUUGGUAAGAUAAUUGAUUACAUACCUGUAUUUAGAAAACUUUACAAAUGUCGAUAAGCCUCAGCCGCACUUUUCUUGGAAUUAAAAAAGAAAAGCAAAAUUUCCCGCAAAUGUCGAGAAUUCGUCUCAAAAAGUGACAUUUUCAGUUGAGAAUAAAUUUGAGAUGCAAACAGAUCUCUACAAAUAUUUUGUUGGGUUAAUUUUGACACAAAUGUCCAAGAUCGAUAUAAAACGUGCUUGACCCUAGAGACAUCUAUUGGAAAACGGCGGAAGAAAAGUUGUAGACCUAACGAAACUAAAAAUCUAUGACAUCCAUCCGGACCAUUCUAAAACUUUAGACGACAAUUUUAAAGUUCGAUUACACAUAGUUGUUUUUAUUCUUAGAAAAAGAUUAUUUUAUAAAUGGGCUCCAUCGCUGAACAGAGUUUGGCUCAAAAACGUAGAAACUUCUUGGAAUCUUUCAAGAGCCCAUAGAGCGAAGCGAUGUCGCUUGGGAAGGUCGAGCGACUUUCAGUUCUUGCACAAGUUGCUUUAAAAUUAAGAUCUCGUCACGACGCGUCGUAAAAUGCGCCGAAUCGACUAUCCACUGUCUUCGUGUACACUCUCAGCUACGUCUGCUACAUUUUCUUCAUUGCAAGCUGAACGGGGUCUAUUCGAUCGAAUAUUAUCCAAUAAUGAAUGCUGGGUCUCAAGAUGGGUGAAUGUGUUGCGAAUAGUACGCUCAAUAAGCCGACGUCGUUUACCAUAAGUUGAGCGAAGGGCGCGAAACACAUUCUUUACAGAACGUGAAUUUUCGUAAUAAAGUUGAACAACUUGUAAACGUUGUUCAGGCGUGAGUCUUUCCAUAAUGAAAUGCCAAUGAAUACUGAACAAAAAUAACAUAACAGCUUGACACGACUCACGCGUGAUCUGUCAAAAAUAGGCUAUUGAAAAAAGUACCUCUCUGUGGAUCAUCCGUUACAAUAGAGUUAUGUAUAAGUCUCUCCCUUUAACAAUUUGCCUCUAACUAUCGCUAAAUCGGGCAUUCCCUAGAGUUCUGAGAAUAAGUAAUGGUCUCUGGAGGCCAGAUCGUGAAAAGGUGAUGAAUCUGGAUACUGUUAGAAUCCCAAAUGGGAGAAUUUAGAGAGAGAGAGAAAGGGUAUACUUAAAAUAUUAGGUUCCACAAAUGAUCUCUGCUUUUUACUAACUUCAUACCAUCGUCCAAUUACCAAAAAGUGAUGUUAGAGCUAAUAAUUUCGGUUGUAAACGAUGUGUGGAUCUUAUUCAUGUCUAUUCGAAUAGUGGUACCUAUUUUCGAAUUUUGUUUUGAUAAAUUUUUAAUUAUCAACAGCACAUGAUGUUUAUGGUGACAAAAUGGAUUUGCUUCCUUCACAGAUUAGCAAUAGUAGGAAACGUUGUUGGAGGAAGGGCUGAAUACAAUUUGUAAAUUGACUUUGUUUCGAAAAAACUAUCGCUAUUAAUAUUUUAACACAUGUCGGGGGUCAAAGAAUUAAAAAAAAAACUAUCUAAAUCUCAUUACGGUUACUUUCACGGAACUAGAUUCACUCGUAGAAUUAUACCAAAGAAUAGUAGGCAUAUAUUAAAAUGGGAAUAGUAAAAAGAAAGCCCCAAUAAUUAAACAUUGAAAUAUAGCGUCUGAGUACCAAUUAUCAACUUAUGAAGUACGCACAGUUUGAAAGCCACUGCAUCGAAGCCAAAUCAGCUGUUUGAAGUCGCUCUUAACACUCGCUCUUAUAUUUACGCUCUCUCUUUCCACCUGCUUCGUGGCUUAAUCAUCGAUCGCUGUUUACAUUUUAAUACCAAUAGCAAAAACAAAAAUAAAACAACACAAAAGAAAAAAGAUAAUGCAAAAAGCAUUUGAAAAACUACAUUUAAGUAUAAAUAUUUACGUGUGUGUGUGUGUGUGUGUGUCUGAUAUCCGCCGAUGGUGGAACACCUUCCGCUACUGCGAUUUCCACUCUUCAACUAGCUGUUUUUUUUUUGCUGUUGCCUCAGCUGUUUGACUGUUGUUGUUGAGCUAUCUGAUUGUCUGUCUGUCUGCCGACUGUUGGCUGUUCGCUGUGUUUCGUUGUGUGCAUGCGCGUUGCUGUGCAUGUGUUUGUGUCUGUAUUGCCCGUUGCGCUUUGGCCAUUUGACGGUGGCGCAGAGCGCUCCCAGCCAAGCAGCUUGGCUUCCAAGUCAGUUUCAAUUCGAACGCGCUCGCUUUCACAACGUCGUCGUGUUGUUGUGUACGCGUGCGGUAAAACGAUAAAUGCAACAAUAAAAAUAAAAUUUAAUUAUAAAAAUUAUAAAAAGCAAAGAAAAAUACACCAAAGUUCAACAGUGUAAAACAAAAAAAUAUGCAGUGUGAAAAAAUGUAAUAAAAGAAGAAGAAGAAUAACGAAAAAAUCAAUUAACCAAAAAAUGCCGUUGUUGUUGUUGUGGUGGAAAUACGAAAAUUCCACGUUAUCAAAGUGAUUGAGGCGUCGCGCUGUUGUUAUUAUUGUUAUUUUCGUUUUCGGUUUUAUCUCUUCCACGUUGACAGCAGCAACAGCAACAACAACAACAAAGCGCGCAGAUAAACGAAACUGCGACUGCCAACCGUGCAAACAACUUUUUUGUUUGUUUACGUUUUUCGCAAAUUUUUUGUUUUGCAACGACUUUUUUUGAAAAGUUUUAACAAAUUUUAGAAUUAAGCAAAAAUCAUUUUCAUAAUAAUUGUGAAAAAUAAAAUUAAUUCAAUGCUAAACCCAACCUGUGCGAAUUGUGUGUAUUAUGCGAAAUGUAUUGUUUGCGCAUUUAAAUACAACAAAUAAAAAAAAACAAGUGUGUAAUUAACCUAAAAAUGAAAAUUUAAUAAAAAGUCGCUCCAAAAAAGCUCAAAGAAAAUGACGUGAUUUGUAGUAAAAAUAUAUAAAUGUGCACGCACUUAAUCAAAAAGAUGACGCUCAAAUAAAGCGUGUGACAAUGUGAGUGCAAGUGUGUAAAAAAAUAUAAAAAAAAAAUAACCAAAGAUUAAAACACCAAAUUUUCUUCGAUAAAAAACGAAAAAAUCAACUAUAAUUAAAAAAAAAUCUCCAAACUCAACUGUGCAUACAACAACUAACAAAUAAAUAACCCGCAAUGUUCGACGUACCACCCAAAUGCCCCGCUUUGGCUCACAAACUGAGUGGCAUAUUUGGCUGGCGUCACACAUAUAAAGUGUCCGCGAAGCACGAGGGCAUACAACACACAUUCCUGCAGAAAUCCUAUUCGUUAACGCUGCCGAAACGACCGCCAUCACCAUAUCGUGGGCAAAAGGAACCUGAUUCUUGGGUUGCCGUACACCAUCUACAAACACAGUCGGGCAUACUCGACCCGGACGAUUGUGUCGGUGAUGUCGCCGAUGAUCGCGAACAAAUACUUGCCAGCUUCGAUGACUCCGGCCCGGAUCCGGGAGUGCCGCAGGGUGGAGGCGAUGGUGCCUCGGGCAGCUCUUCAGUGGGCACCGGUUCGCCGGAUAUCUUUCGCGAUCCGACCAACACAGAUGCGCCCACAAAUGCGCAACGCAGCGAUGCUUCGACGCCGCACAUUGAAGUCACCAGCACUACUGCCUGCCCCAUGAACGGUUUGGGUUUGCAAGUGCGUCGCAGCAGUGAUCCGAAUUUGCUCGCCUCGCUGAAGGCGGAGGGUGGCAAUAAACGCUGGUCAGCUGCAGCGCCACAUUGCGGUGGUGAUUCACCAGAUCGUGUGCUACUCGAUAAGAGCAGUUAUUUAACGCCACAGUGGGAGGAGGAAGACGAUGGACAACAGCAUGCGACAGCUGCGCCGACGCAACAACCGUUCGCACGUUCCGGUCGCUUGUCCAUGCAGUUUUUGGGCGAUGGUACGGGUUACAAGUGGAUGGAGGCCGCCGAGAAGUUACAGCAUCAGCAGCAGCACGCGCAACAACAGUCGCCACAUCAGUAUACGUCGCAGGGGCAAAUGUACACCACGAAGUCACUGCCGCGCGAAAGUAAGCGUAAAGAGCCGCUUGGACAGGCCUACGAGUCGAUACGCGAAAAAGAUGGCGAAAUGUUGCUCAUCAUCAAUGAGUACGGCAGUCCGCUGGGCCUCACAGCCAUACCGGAUAACGAACACGGCGGUGGUUUGUUGGUGCAACACGUGGAACCGGGUAGUCGUGCCGAACGUGGACGCUUGCGUCGCGGCGAUCGUAUACUCGAAAUCAAUGGCACCAAACUGAUCGGUCUAACUGAAGGCAAAGUGCAGGACUAUCUGAGACGCUCGCUCGAAGCGUCCGAACUGCGUGUGCGCGUGCUGCGCGCCAGCGGUGGCAAUGGCAACGGCAGUAACGCUAAUCAACGUAGCGUCAGCAAAUCGCGUCGUCGCGACUCCAAAGUUGCCGAAAUGAUUGAGGCGGAAGAGAAGAUGGCCUCAACGGUAGAAACAAAGGUGGCGACCGUGUCGCCCACGCGCAAGCCACACACUGCGCCGGUCGGCACCUCUCUGCAGGUCGCGAAUACGCGCAAACUCGGUCGCAAGAUCGAAAUAGUGCUGAAGAAGGGUCCAAACGGUCUCGGAUUUUCCGUGACCACACGCGAUAAUCCAGCUGGUGGUCAUUGUCCGAUUUAUAUUAAAAACAUACUGCCGCGUGGCGCCGCUAUCGAGGAUGGUCGCUUGAAACCGGGUGAUCGUCUGCUCGAAGUGGACGGUGUGCCGAUGACUGGUAAAACCCAAACAGAUGUGGUUUCCAUUUUGCGUGCCACGCAACCCGGUGCAACCGUGCGUUUAGUGGUGUCGCGACAACAGGAGUUGGCCGACCAGGAUGAACGGGAAAUUAACUACGAGGAAAAGGAGCGCGACGUCAUGAAUACACCACCAAAACCGCCAGCGCCAGUGUUACCCUCCUCCUUACAAAAGCAGCAGCAGCAGGAUAAGCUGCCGAACGGCGUUACGAAGUCCAACAGCGCACGCUCGCUCUUCGAACAGCACCAACAACAAGCGCAGUAUCAGUUGAACGAAUCUCAACACUUCAUAGAUGCGGGCAGCGAGUCGGCAGCUUCAAGCGAUUCCCUACAGGCCGGCAUCGCUUGGCGUUCACGUGAAGUACUCACGCUACACAUACCGGUGCAUGACACAGAGAAGGCUGGACUCGGUGUCAGCGUCAAAGGCAAGACCAGUUCGAAUUCCAACAGCAGCAACAACUCAAUGAAACACGACGGUGAUUUGGGUAUAUUCGUAAAGAAUGUCAUACAUGGUGGCGCCGCCUCACGAGAUGGACGUCUACGCAUGAAUGAUCAGCUCUUGAGUGUCAAUGGUGUCUCACUGUUGGGUCAAAAUAAUGCGGAGGCAAUGGAGACAUUGCGUCGUGCCAUGGUCAACAAUCCCGGUAAGCAUCCGGGCAUGAUUACGCUAUCGGUGGCACGCAAGAUCGCACGCUCCGCCAGUUCGGGUGACAUACUCGAGCAGACCAAUAGCAGCUCGAAUGCGAGCGAUAAUUCGGGCGCCACAGUGAUCUAUCUGAGUCCGGAGAAGAAGGAAGCACGCAGCGGUGCUGGUGGCAGUGCAACAAAUGAAAUGAACAGAUGGAGCAAUCCCGUAUUAGAUCGUCUAACCGGUGGAGUUUGCUCAUCGAAUUCAUCACAACAAGCGCGUCGACCCUCACGCGAUCAUUUGAACGCUGGCGGUGGGGUUGCAGGUGGUGUUGGCGGUCCUCCCGGCAGCGCUGGCGUACAUGGCUUGCGCAAUGAGAGCUACUACAUGGCAACAAAUGAAACGUGGUCGCCUGCCUUGCAUCAGCAAAAGAUGAUGAACGGCCAUGUCAACAACAACACGGUUUUAAUUGAAGACGAUCCAGAGCCAAUGUCACCCACACUGCCCCACCAUCCCAACGAUUCAGUGUGCACACAGAGCAGCAAUGGUGGCUCAAAUACAAACACAGCGCCACCGGGCUUCGACGCCACAUACUCGUCGCAGUUGAGUCUCGAAACGAACAACUCAGGCGUUGAGCAUUUCUCACGCGACGCGCUCGGUCGUCGUUCCAUGUCAGAGAAACAUCAUGCCGCCUUGGAUGCACGCGAAACGGGCACCUAUCAGCGCAAUAAGAAGUUGCGCGAGGAACGUGAACGCGAACGGCGCAUACAACUGACCAAGUCUGCCAUAUACGGUGGCUCCAUGGAGUCGCUGACGGCGCGUAUUGCCAAUGCGAAUGCGCAAAUACCCGGCUAUAAGCACACGAAGACCGCUUCUGGCGUAGAGGCGCAACAGCUGCAAGCGGAGGCGCGCGAUCAAGUCGGAGAUUUAGGUCCCUCUCUGGGUUUGAAGAAAUCCUCAUCUUUGGAGUCGCUACAGACGAUGGUGCAAGAGAUACAAAUGUCGGAUGAGCCGCGCGGGCCAACAGCGCUGCGUGCGCCACGGGGACGCGGACGUGAGGAUAGCUUGCGUGCCGCCGUAGUGGCGGAUCCCGAAGCGGGCAAGCCACGCAAGCAUUGGCUGCUCGAGGAGGGCACCGAUCAGGAUGGCGGCUUUGCGCAUCGCAACGGUCCAUUCCAGAGUUCACUCAACGAUGGCAAGCAUAAAUCGCGCGCCAAGAAGCCGAGCAUCUUGCGCGGCAUUGGACACAUGUUUCGCUUCGGCAAGAAUCGCAAAGAUGGCGUUGUACCGUUAGAUGCGCAAGCAGCUGCAUUGGCUGAGCGUCCACCAGCGACACUGCCAAAUAAUCAGUUGCCUGCAGCUGCCUUAGCUGCACUCGAUCGGAAUACGAAGUUGGUGCCGCCAGCCUAUCAACCGCCGCCGCCCUUACCGCCUGCCAACAACACUGGCGGUGGUGGUAGUGGCGCCAAUAAUGGUGGUGUGGCUAAUGUGUCAGCGAACUCGAAUGGUAUACACCACAACGAUAUUUUCAAUCAUCGCUAUCAGCACUAUGCCAACUACGAUGAACUGCAUCAGCAACAGAUGAGCGAAAGCGAAAACAACAACGCAACUAAACUAAAUCAAAAUCAAAAUAGUACAGAUGUUUUAUCGGAGUCGACAUUAGAAUGCAUGCGGCAACAAGUUAUCAGGCAGCGCAUUAAAGUCGAGGCGGAAAGCUUUACCCCUAGUUAUGUGCGUUUGAAAUCGGAAGAUUGGAUUUGCUUUGAAUUGAAUCGCCGACAUCAGCAUUACCAUUCGCAACGCAGUGCGCGCUCGCAGGACAUCAACUUGCAGCAUCAUCACGCCGCCAUGCUGAGCAACAACAGCGGCAGCGCUGCCGACAAGAGCAGCCUGCUGCGACCCACAUCCACAUACUAUGAAUACGAGACGGUGCAGCACAAUGUGAGCCCCGCGGCGGUGGCGGCGCAACAUCAACAGCUGCGCAGUGGCAGUCUCAAGCAGAAUGGACACCAUUCGCCGAUAACGGUGAAUGGCGUGCAGCAGCAGCAACACAAUAACAGCAAUCAUCAUCAGCAACAACAACAGCAACAGCAAGCGCAACAGCAAACUGUCGGCCCACCACAAGCGCAACCGCACUGGAAGUUGGCCGCCAUGAAUGGCUACUCGCCCGCCUCACUAAACAGCAGCGCGCGCAGUCGCGGUCCCUUCGUCACACACGUGACCAUACGCGAUCAGAGCUCAGCGGCCAUUGCCACACAACCCACAUACCAAACGGUACAAAAGCAACAGCCGCAAUUCGCGAGCGCCGUCGUUAGCGGUGGCGCGCAGCCGCACGCGUCGAAGGUGUGACUAUAGGUGCCGGUGCUGCGCCCAAGGCGUAGCGAAGUGCAAGCAAACCGCGCGAUCGGUGGAGGAGAGCUGGCGCGCGAUGUUGUUGUUGGUGGUAGCAAGCAUGAUGAUGGCAGCAGCGCUGUUGGCGACAAUGACUACGAAGAUAUUGACUCGGAUGUGGUGGAGAUAUUCUAUCUCGCCACGGAGUGUUAAGUCAUGUCGCCGUCGGCGGUGGUUUUCUAAGUCAACAGCAAUACGAAAGCGUUUGUCUAACAAAAAAAAAAUUGGCUGAGCGAAAAUGAAAAAAAUCUGUAAAUAAAUUAUGUUUAAAUGUGGUGGCACACAGGAAUUGGUACGAAAUCCUUAAAUCAUGAGACUGCAAUAAGAAAAAAAAAACAAACAAACAACAACAAUAAAACAAUAAACAAGUGCUGGCAUACAAUUACAAAAUGUGGAAUUUGUAAACAUUAAUAAUUUUAAGUGAUUAAAAUUAAAAUCUAUCUAUAUAUAUAAAAACAAAAUCGCGUAAAUUUACAAUAUAUAUAAAUAUAUAUAGUUUUUAACAUUACACACACACACACUAACAUACAUUCCGUUGCAGCAUCUGCAUAGUUUGCAACUCGAACAGUAUUGUUUUUUAAUUUAAAACUAAUUCUAUGCAGCAACAGUUGUUUGCAUUGUAGUUGUAAAAUAAAUCGAAUAUAUUGUAAAUGCAUUACAGCAAAUAACGAAAACGAAAAAAUCCAUACAUCUAUAUGUAUAAAUAAUACAAAGUAGAUUUAAGCCAACUGAGCCAACUGCUUAGAAUGAGGUUAGGGGCGUGCUAAGUAGUAAAAUAAAAUUUAUAUUAAAGCAAAAGUGCGUAGUUUUUCAUUUGUAUUGCAUUAAUUGAAGUAAUUUUCUUUAAAAAAUAUGCUGCAUAAUUAUAUUUUACCUUUUUUGUUUAAAAUAUAUUGUAGAAACACCAAAAUGUAGGAUAUGGAAGUAGUAGCAAAGAAGAAAAUGUUUAUAUGUAAACACAGUAAGCAAGAAUUAUUGUAUUUUUGUUUAAUUUAUAAUUAUUGAAAUAACAAAAACAACAACUAAUUAUAAAUUUUGAGUGUAUACUGAUUUUCAUCAAAAAUUUCUUUUCUUGUGCUUAAUUAGCAUUAACGGCAGUUUUAGUGAGCAUAUAAUGUUAUUUUAUGUUAUAAUGCUAUAAUUUAUUUUUGAAAAGCAAUCUUGCAAUUAGCUUUGUUCAAUUUGAGUUUUCAAAAAUGUAUCAUAUAAACUCAAAAUGCAAAAAAAUUUAACUAAAGUGCAUAUGAGUGAUGUAUAAAUUACAAAAAUUUAAAUUUCGUUAAUUUUUCAUUUCAUAUGUCAAAUAUAAGUAAAUAUUUAGCAUAUACGCGUAUAUAUGUUUUAAAA